AUGCCCGCUAAGGAAACAGCACAAGAAGGGUCGCCAGGGGCCGCCGCCCCCAUCACCACUAUGGAGGACGUUGAAGACUUCCUUCGAGCUUUCCGACGGGAAAUGAAUUGUAAACUAGAGUCUAUUCAUAGGAAGGUUGAUAUGCUGUUGAAGCACCAAGAUCUGUGUUACUCGUCACCAGCAUCAUCAGCUAGUUGGCCUCAUCAUAUGGUUUCCCCUGAAGGACCACGACAGAUCGUUCUCGGGAACCGAGAGUUGCUUAGUAGUAUCGUCAUUUUCCUACACCAAGAUGAUGUAAUGCAUUUGGGAGCAGCCUCGAGGUUGACAGCUGUGCCGUUGGGCCUAUUAUCCUAUGACGGUUGCUUCGGGCAGCGACCUCUCCUCCUACUACUACCACAUAUCAGGGUCCCAUCACAGAACAGCAGCCGUUUCCCCUUCCAAAGGGUGGAGUGGCAGCAAGUCCGGUCGCUGGUUAUCAGUUCGACCUCCUUGGUGUGGAUCAAGAUGCACGCUGUCGCCACAGGACGGACGUUCGCCCUCGAGGCUCCGGUGGACUUCCGACUUGCCCGUUUGCAGCGUAUAUGUAUCAGCCCCGCUACUCGUAAGAAGGACACCACACAAGCUCAGAGGGCGAUGCAGGUGCUUGUACGCUGUGUACUCACGCCUGCUGCUAGGUCGCUGAACUCUAUUUGGGCACAUGUCCCGCCUGAGGUGAAUUGUGAGUCGGCAUUGACGGCAUUGGAGUCGCCACAUAACCCCCUCAUCUAUCUGGGGUUCCUCCCAGACGCUGGCCUGUGGAACGUUGGGUCUGAUAUGCCCUCGUGGCCCCUCAGUGCACGCUGGCUCGAGCCGAUAAUCACCAACUCUCGAGCGUCCUUGAGGCGCAUCCAGCUCAGCGGCGUCGUAUUGUCUAAUACAACUUGGCUCAAUGGUUGUACAGUGAACUACGUGGAUGCAGCGGUGCAGGCAAUGGCUAAGCUGGAAGUGUUGGUAAGUCUCUCGUUAAUCCUCCAAUUCCCGGACGCCAGGGGUGGCACUGUUGAACCAAUGUCUCUGUUACGACUGCGCAAGGCCCAUCCGAACCAUGUCUAUCUGUGCCAGGCUCGCCAGGGGAAGUUCGAAACACUGCUGAGUCUCACUUUGGGAGCGGCUCGUGAUGAAGAACACAACUUGGAAACUGAUCGCGCUCUGGGCCAUUACAGCCGCAUACAGCAGUGGUCCGGCAGGAGCGUCUACAUGUCGGAGAUGAGCCUCUUCCUACCAGCCGGGAGCGAUAUCGUCCCUGGAAGUGAGAGGACAGCAAUUCAGAGAGUUCCGUCAUCUCUACUCCUUCCCCGCUGGAGCGAGCUGCCACAGCCUACUCAGCAACUGUGGGACGAAGUCAUAUGUCUAGCAGUGAAGCGGUUGCACGACAAAGUGAAGAGCCGAGCACAGAAGUCGCUGGCUCCAGUGACCACUGAGCUACGACGAGCCAUCGCUAGGCAAGAUUAA